AUGAUCCGCGCAAACGCUGAACGCUUCUUUGUUGAUAGGCCCAGUGCCGCCAAGACAUUGGAACAGACAGAUCCAGCGGAAGCGGAACAUCAGCGUCAAUUUCGCGAAAAACGUAGACUCCACUACAAUGAGUUUAUGGCGGCGAAAAUGGCACGCGAACAAGCGGCGAAUGAUGAGGAUGACGAGGAUCCCGAUUUGGAGCGAGCUGCCAAAGAAGCUGCCAGAAAUGCUCGUCUUAAUGCCGCGCUUUCUCGAAUGCCACCAUCGCCCUCCUCUUCUAACAGAGAACGAAGAAGCAGAUCCCCGCAGUCACCCAUAUAG